GCCACUGCGAAUAGACACUGUAAAUCCCAGAAUACCUUGCGCAGAAGUUCUCGCGAGAAUCGCGAGGAGAGCCAGGCCCCGCCCCUCGAGAUGCUUCCGCCUCUCUGUGGAGGCGGCUUGUUGUUGUGCAGGCCAAGAUGGCGGCACAGGCUGCGGCGGCGGCGCAGGCGGCGGCGGCCGCGCAGGUGGCCGCGGCUCAAGCAGCGCAGGCCGAGGCAGCCGAGUCGUGGUAUUUGGCUCUCCUGGGGUUCGCCGAGCAUUUCCGCACGUCCAGCCCGCCCAAGAUCCGCCUGUGCGUUCACUGCCUGCAGGCCGUGUUUCCGUUCAAGCCGCCUCAGCGGAUCGAGGCCCGUACGCACCUGCAGCUCGGUUCGGUGCUUUACCACCACACGAAGAAUAGCGAGCAGGCGCGCAGCCACUUGGAGAAGGCGUGGUUGAUAUCACAGCAAAUCCCACAGUUUGAAGAUGUUAAAUUUGAGGCAGCAAGCCUGUUGUCAGAGCUGUAUUGUCAAGAGAACUCGGUGGAUGCAGCGAAGCCAUUGCUCCGGAAAGCCAUCCAGAUCUCACAGCAGACGCCAUACUGGCACUGCCGCCUCCUCUUCCAGCUCGCUCAACUGCACACACUGGAGAAGGACCUGGUAUCAGCCUGUGACCUCCUGGGCGUGGGGGCUGAGUAUGCCCGAGUGGUGGGAUCUGAAUAUACAAGGGCACUAUUCCUGCUCAGCAAGGGGAUGUUGCUGCUGAUGGAGCGCAAACUGCAAGAGGUGCACCCAUUGCUCACACUGUGCGGGCAAAUCGUGGAGAACUGGCAGGGCAACCCCAUCCAGAAGGAGUCCCUGCGUGUCUUCUUCCUGGUGCUGCAGGUGACCCACUACCUGGAUGCUGGGCAGGUGAAGAGUGUCAAGCCAUGCCUGAAACAGCUGCAGCAGUGCAUCCAGACCAUCUCCACGCUACAUGACGAUGAGAUCCUGCCCAGCAACCCUGCUGACCUCUUCCACUGGCUGCCCAAGGAGCACAUGUGCGUGCUCGUCUACCUGGUCACAGUGAUGCAUUCGAUGCAGGCUGGCUACCUGGAAAAGGCUCAGAAAUACACAGACAAGGCACUCAUGCAAUUAGAAAAGCUCAAGAUGCUGGACUGCAGCCCCAUCCUGUCAUCCUUCCAAGUGAUCCUGCUAGAGCAUAUCAUCAUGUGCCGGCUCGUCACAGGCCACAAGGCCACUGCACUACAGGAGAUUUCCCAGGUCUGCCAGCUGUGCCAACAGUCCCCCCGGCUCUUCUCCAACCAUGCUGCCCAGUUACACACACUGCUGGGCCUGUACUGUGUCUCUGUGAACUGCAUGGACAAUGCUGAAGCCCAAUUCACCACAGCCCUGCGGCUCACCAACCACCAGGAGCUAUGGGCCUUCAUUGUGACCAACCUUGCGAGUGUGUAUAUACGGGAAGGAAAUAGACACCAAGAGGUACUGUACAGUUUGCUGGAGAGGAUAAAUCCAGACCACAGCUUCCCAGUCAGCUCACACUGCCUCCGAGCGGCAGCUUUCUAUGUACGUGGGCUCUUCUCCUUCUUCCAGGGCCGCUACAAUGAAGCCAAGCGAUUUCUGCGAGAAACUCUAAAGAUGUCGAAUGCAGAGGACCUGAACCGCCUCACGGCCUGCUCCCUCGUGCUGCUGGGUCACAUCUUCUAUGUGCUGGGGAAUCACAGGGUGAGUCCCUGCCUAGCCAGUGGGCAGGAUGGAGAAUGGGGGAGCACCACUAUGGAGCAUGACACUUCUUGUCCUGGCAUUCAGGAAAGUAUACUGUGAAAGCCCACACACUGCCAACAUGCAGGGUCUGGAAGGCAUGGGGGCCUGGGGUCAGGUUCCAUUCCAGGGUGUAUAUGUCAGGCUCACAAGCCUCAGACCUGAGAGACAGCUACCUCCUGCCUUGCUCCUUCCUGUAGGCUCCUCAGCACACCUUUCCUCUAGAAUACAUGGUCCUCUGGGACUGUGCCAAGACCUUAGGUGGAACCAACAAAGCCUCUCAUAUCUGUGGCACCAUCAACCACAUAACUUCACAUGACUUAACUUUUUUAUUUCACUUUAUUGGUAAAAUAUAGUAUACAGCCAGUGAGGGUAGCUUGACCAUGGGGAGCAGGGAGUGGCCUUGGUGUUCCCAGUGUUGUGGUCUGCUAAGUGGGCAGCUACCUAGUCACUGGGCAGGACCUAUGUGAUGAUGGUACUCUAGUGGGGGGCAAAACACUUGGAACAGGGAUUUGGGCCAGAAAUCUGCUUGUCUGGCAGUGUUUGCCCACUGAGGUUUGAGAAUCCUCUGCUCGGUUUGGUUCUGGUUGUUGGAGGUGGAGGUCUGACUGCAGCCUGCUGCAUUAGGUUUGGUUAGGUUGUCCCACUAAACUGUGCCCAGGCCUAGAAUCUGGCUUAAGAUUUUUAAGUAUUAUUUUUAGAUUUACUUAUUUUCUAUAUGUGAAUGUUUUGCCUGCAUGUAUGUAUGUGUGUGCCUGGUGCCCACAGGGAUCAGAAGAAGUGGGUCAGAUCUCCUGGUUCUGGAAUUAGACAAUUUUGAGCUGCCAUGUGAGUGCAAGAGCAGCCAGUGCUCUCAGCCUCUGAGCCAUCUCUCUGGCCUCUGGUUUGAGGGUUUGGUGUCCUGCUGCUGGGAGUUGUCACAGGACAUAACCAAAACCAGGCCUACAAUUUAGUUAGGUAGAACAGGGUAUGGUUUGAACUUGAGAGCAAUCUCCUAUUCCUCAGGGUGGACUCUAGGUCAGCACCAGGAGACUGUUUCCCAGGACUCCCUUAGUACUCAUGAGAGCACUGGGCUCUAGGUCAGCAUCUCAGCCCACACAAAAGCUGAGUAGAGCAGGUCACAGACCAGAGACCCCACCUAUAGGAGCCUACAGAAGCCAUCUCAAAGGAACAAACCUUCUCAUCAGACCAGUGACUUCUUCCUGAAGCAGACCUUUAGCUGACACAGGCUGCUUUCCCUCAGAGGCCCAGGGAAUCUACUUGAAUUUACAGUUCAUUCUUUUUGCUUUGUUUUGUUUUGUUUGUUUGUUGUCUUUGAGACAGGGUUUCUCUGUGUAGCCCUGGCUGUCCUGGUAAUUCACUCCAUAGACCAGGCUGAUCUCGAAUUCAGAGAUCUGCCUGCCUCUGCCUAGCAAAUGCUAGGAUUAAAGGUGUGCACCACCACUGCCCAGCCUAACUAUUUCUUUUUUGUUUUUCCAAACAGGAUUUCUCUGUAUCUUUGGAGCCUGUUGUAGAACUCGCUCUGUAAACUCUGCCUGGCUAAUCAUUUCUUUUCUUUUUUUUUUUAAUAUUUAUUUAUUUAUUAUGUAUACAGCAUUCCUUCCAUGUAUGUCUGCAGGCCAGAAGAGGGCACCAGACCCCAUUACAGAUGGUUGUGAGCCACCAUAUGGUUGCUAGGAAUUGAACUUAGGACCUUUGGAAGAACAGUCAGUGCUCUUAACCUCUGAGCCAUCUCUCUUGCCCCUUGGCUAAUCAUUUCUUAUUGUGACGUCAGAGCUGUUUUUUUCUCUAUCUAGCAGGAAGCACACUG